AUGUGCAAUUGGGGCAAGAAUACCAACUCCUCCAUUUGGAUGAUUACGUUAUCGCAACAGAGAGCCUUCACAAACCAUCACGUUUGCUUCGGCACGGUCAUGAAAGGCAUGCGCGUGGUGAGGGAGAUCGGUGAAUUGGGGACCAGAGUUGGUCGCCCAGCUGUGCCGAUCCGAAUCGUCCAGUGUGGCGUCCUGGAGGAUGGCAAGGAGCCUCCCCCUCCACCAUCACUGGAGCUUGAAGAUGACGCUGCUCCAUUGAUGACAGAGGACGAGUUCAGAUCGAUCAGUGUGAGCAACAAGCCCGGUGCGGUGCAGCCUUCAUGA